CGCCGCCGGGAGAGGCGAGCGCGAGGCGGAGAGCGCGGGUCGGCUGCAAACUCCCGGGCGGCAGCCGCGCCGACUCCGGGCCGCGGUGGGCGCUGCGCGCAGCCGGGAAGCCGGGAGCCGCGGCGCGCCCGGAGGACGUCCGGAGCGCAGGGUCGCGGCGCCCGGCGGAGCUCCAGCAGAGUCGAGCCAGGCGACCCGGCGGCGGCGGCAUGAGGGCGCCCCCGCGGCGCCCCGCGCUGCCCGCGGCCGUCUUGGCCGGCGGCUGGAGGCAGGAGCGCGCCUGAGCCCAUGGCGAGGGGACCCGCCGCCGCCGCCGCCACCGCCGCCAGCCCCCGGGCACCAUGCGAGCCGCCCCGAGCCUUGGCGGCUGCGCCUGCCUGCUGCUCGCCGCGAUCCUGGACCUGGCGCGCGGCUACCUGACUGUCAACAUUGAGCCUCUCCCCCCAGUGGUGGCUGGUGAUGCUGUGACCUUGAAGUGUAACUUCAAGACGGAUGGUCGCAUGCGCGAGAUUGUGUGGUAUCGGGUGACAGAUGGCGGCACCAUCAAGCAGAAGAUCUUCACCUUCGACGCCAUGUUCUCCACCAACUACUCGCACAUGGAGAAUUACCGCAAGAGGGAGGACCUGGUGUACCAGUCCACUGUGAGGCUGCCCGAGGUCCGCAUCUCAGACAAUGGUCCCUACGAGUGCCAUGUGGGCAUCUACGACCGAGCUACCAGAGAGAAGGUGGUGCUGGCGUCAGGCAACAUCUUCCUCAAUGUCAUGGCUCCUCCCACCUCUAUUGAAGUGGUGGCCGCUGACAUGCCAGCCCCCUUCAGCCGCUACCAAGCCCAGAACUUCACACUGGUCUGCAUCGUGUCUGGAGGGAAACCAGCACCAAUGGUUUAUUUCAAAAGAGAUGGGGACCCCAUUGAUGCAGUGCCCCUGUCGGAGCCACCAGCUGCAAACAAUGGCCCCCUCCAGGACAGCAGGCCCUUCCGCAGCCUCCUGCACCGUGACCUGGAUGACACCAAGAUGCAGAGGUCACUGUCCCUACAGGACGCAGAGAACCAGGGUGGGCGUCCCUACACAGAGCGCCCCUCCCGAGGCCUGACCCCAGAUCCCAGCACCCUUCUCCAGCCAACCACCGAGAACAUCCCAGAGACGGUGGUGAGCCGUGAGUUCCCCCGCUGGGUCCACAGUGCCGAGCCCGUCUACUUCCUGCGCCACAGCCACAGCCCGGGCAGCGAUGGCACCGUGGAGGUGCGUGCCCUGCUCACCUGGACACUCAACCCACAGAUCGACAAUGAGGCCCUCUUCAGCUGUGAGGUCAAGCACCCAGCACUGUCGAUGCCCAUGCAGGCAGAGGUCACGCUGGCAGGAUGGUGCCAUCGCAGCCGGACACAGCUGACGGACAAGCCGAGGACACACUGCCCUACACAGGGCUUUCCACCUGCAAAUGGACCUUCCCAGCACUUGAGAGUCAAUGAAGAAGUGGCCCCCAAAGGACCCCAAAUCGUGAUGACACCCAGCAGAGCCCGGGUCGGGGACACUGUGAGGAUUCUGGUCCACGGAUUUCAGAACGAAGUCUUCCCGGAGCCCAUGUUCACGUGGACACGGGUCGGGAGCCGCCUCCUGGAUGGCAGCACCGAGUUCGACGGGAAGGAGCUUGUGUUGGAGCGGGUUCCCGCCGAGCUUAACGGCUCCAUGUACCGCUGCACAGCCCAGAACCCCCUGGGCGCCACUGACACACACACCCGGCUCAUUGUGUUCGAAAACCCAAAUAUUCCAAGAGGAACAGAGGACUCCAAUGGUUCUGCUUCUGGCCCUGCUGGUGUCUGGCUCACCUUGGUGCUUGCCCUAACAGUGAUCCUGGAGCUGACGUGAAGGCUGGGACCCCGCGCCCACCACUCCACCCAGCACUGACAUCUCUGCGAUCGGUUUUCAUUUCUUUUCUAAACGAUUUCCAGUCCUGUUCUUAGUCUCUUUCUGUAUGUGUCUUGGCUUCUUCACUCGGUUUAAUUAAAACAGAACAAUUU